AUGGGUGCGACUGUGGCGAGACAAAAGGAUUGGCUGCUCUUUGGCCCAGUCACUCGGGUUCUGGUCAUCAACCCAGCAUGCGACUUCUUUGUGGAGCUCGAGAAGUCUCCCUCCCAGCGAUUGGUUCGCCUUCUUCAGAACGAGUGUGCGCCCAGCAUGUCGCCAGCUUGCCUUCGGCAGCAGGGAAGACCGUCAUCUGAGAAUGUGAAAUCUCUGGAGAAGGCCGUGGUCACUGGCAUAAAUGGUGGGCACGUCCACGUCGCCUCCACGGAUUGUCCUCCGUGGCGUCCACUCUUUCAGACGUAUUAUCUGGAUGUUGAUGCCCUGGUUCUAAUGCUCGACAUCAGCGCGGGACGAACACCAUCGGAGCCUGCGAAGUUCGAAAGUGCUAUCGCCCAAGAUGUCGAGGGUGCCAGGAACUUCCUCAACAAGUUCGACGACUGGGAAACAUGCCCACUUCUGAUAUUGUGCCAUGAGGCAGGCAUCGAGUCUGGAUCCUUCGAUGCAGAGCGCAUCCAUGGUGAGAUCGGCAAGUGCGAGUUGCGACAUCUACCGAAUCGAGUGCGCCACUUUUCUUGGAGCUCCCCGUCCCUCGUACCAGAGCUGCGAGAGGAUCUCUCUUGGCUGGUCACUGCCAAGGAGUCCACGAAAAGAAGAUAA